GAUCCUCCACGCGUAUUGCCGCACUCAGUGCCUCGGUGUCUUUUCCAUUUACGCCAACUACUGGGUCUCUGGAGCGGGCCUGGGAAAGCGUAAUCUCUACCUCUGUCAGCGGCUGGGAGAACAUGUGCUUGCCCGUGGGCUACCGUUCGUGGCCGGUGGAGAUUGCAACAUGACGCCAGGAGAGAUUAGUAUUGGGUGCGAGUCAGAACGCUUUGGAGGAGAGGCAAUCUUCGACCCGAGCGCCCACGCCUGCUCUAUGGAAGACUCGCACCGCACCAUCGAUUUCUUCAUACUCAGCAAGGUACUUGUCAACGCUUUCCUCUCCGUCAAGGCCGAUCUCUCUG